CUCCGUGAUUCGUCUACUCCUCUACUCAACUCAAAUACUCAAUGCUCAUAGGUUUUUACUAUUUAUGAAGCGCUCAAUAACUUUUCGUUUAACCUCAUAUUAGUAUAUUACUGCAGUACAGUACUACAUUAUUCAUAUUUUUCUAUGGAAUUCAUGUUUAGUGCCACAGUGAAAGUUUUAAUAAGUUAUUAGUAAAUAGUCAUCUUUAGUUAUAUUCUAGUCAUCACUAUCUAUUUUAUAUACAUUGAGUUUAAUCAACGUUCAAUUAAAAUGUCAGAAAAAUUAGAACCACGGAAAAUUUGUGACUUGAAGGUGACUGAAUUACGUUCCGAACUUGAAAGACGCGAUUUGGAUAAAACUGGAGUAAAAGCGAUACUUUUAGAGCGUUUGCAAAAGGCACUUAUUGAAGAAGGAGAAGAUCCAGAAAAUUGUACAUUUGAUAAAUUUGAAUUGAAAAAUGUUAAUUCUACAGAAAAAUCAGUAAUAUCAGAAAAAAAGUCUCCGAGUGUUGAAAAAAAAAAACCAGUUACUCCAACAAAAACAAUAAAGAAAAAUGUUAUUGGCAGAAGACCUGGGCCUAAGUCAAAAACAUGUGUAACACAGUUAAAAGUUGAAAAAAUUUCUUCAAGUAUUUUACAAAAAGAAAAUGAUGAUGUAAAUCAAGAACAAGUUGAUAGCAGCAAUGUCAUUGCUAGUUCUGAGGAUUCAAAAACAAUUUUAUUAGAUACAAUUAACUCUGAUGUUAUUGAUUCAAAUGAAGCAGAAGCUAAGGAAAUUGAUACCGAUGAAUCACAACUAAAUGAGACAGAUGUUAAUACAAUUUCACUUACUCAAAAACCAACUGUACUUGCUAUAGAUUCUGACUCAACUAGUACUCAUGAAAAUACAAAAGAAUUUGAAGGUGAAAUAAAUGUUACACUAAUAGAUUCUAAAAAUACAAAAAAAACUAUAUUUGAAGCAGAAAGUAAUGAAAUAAAACAAAUUAAAUGUUUAGAUAAUUUAGAUACUGACAUGAAAGUUAAAGAAAAAACUUCAAUUAUUAAGAAUGAUAUAGAAGAACAAAAAUAUAAAAACAAUGUCAUUGGAGUGAAAGAAGUUGUACCAGAAACCAAUGAAGAUGAAGAUGAUAUACAAGAUGAAGAAUUAGAUCAUGAAAUCGAUGAGGAAUUGGAUCAUGAAGUUAAUGAAGAAUUGGAUCAUGAAAUUGACGAAGAAACAAAUUACAAUAAUGAUGAUUUUAAUCUAACUAAUAACACAGAAAAAUGUACUCAGGAACAUAAUAAAGAUGACAAUAAUGAAGACUCUAUUAACUUGACGAUUGGAGAAGACGAUAUUAAAUUAUUUGCUGAUGAGGAAGAUACAAACAUUGAAAAAGAGGACGAUUUGAACGAGAACCAUACCAAAGAAGAAACAUUGAUCAAACAGCGAGAAUCUCGUCAUCCAGUUACUGCUAGUAGCAGUAGAGCAACAACUGGAUUAGUCAAAAGCCGUCGCAGUGCAACUGAAAAGCGAUCUGUUGGAGAUAAACCACGGAGUACCCACAAAGAGGACAAGGACAUCAGCAAUUCAAAACCCAUCAUCAGUGUCAGUUUGCCCAAAGAUGAGAAGAAAGAAGAGGAGAAACAAGUUAAAGAUAAAGUGGAAACUAGCAAUAAGCAGAGUAAUGAUGCAAAGGUUCUGCAAAUAUCAAGUGAAACAUCUAAGAAAAACAACUCAUCAUUGGUUCGCAACAUUUGGGUUAGUGGCUUGGCAUCAAUCACUAAGGCCACUGAUUUAAAACAGCUUUUUUCAAAAUAUGGAAAGGUUGUUGGCGCAAAAGUUGUGACAAAUGCCAAAACUCCAGGUGCUCGUUGUUAUGGGUUUGUUACAUUAUCUUCAGCGGAAGAUGCUAAUCGCAGUAUAGAAAAUUUACAUAAGACUGAACUUCAUGGACGUGUUAUUAGUGUUGAACGAGCUAAACGUGAUAAUGGCUAUCAAGUUAUGGCAAAAAAUUCUAAUCCUUCCAAAGUAAAUGAAAAUUCUGAAACUGAACAAAAUACAAAAAAGCUUGAGGAUAAAAAAGAAAAACGAGAAGAAAAAAGGGAAAAGAGACCAGAAAUUACAAUUAAUGAUGUUAAAAAACCAGACUUGUCAACCUUAAAGCGAUCAUUGUCUAAAGAUCAAAAUCAAGAACCAAAACGUUCUAAAAUUGUAAUUGAAAGAGAUGAUCGAAAAAAAGAAAGGAGCAUCAAAAGUAAAAGUAAUGAACGUGACCGAGAAAAGCUGAGAGAAUUAGAGCGAGAAAGAGAACGUUUAGAAAGAGAAAAAAGAAGGCAACAGGAGAUUUUAAAUUUGACAAAAAUGAAAACUGAACGUGAAAGGUUAAAACAAAAAGAACAAGAGAGAGCAAUGAGAGAAGAAGAACGUAAGAGGCGUAUUGAAAAAGAACGCCAAUUAGAAAUUGAAAGAAAACAAAAAGAAGAAGCAAUACGUUUAGAAAAAGAAAGGCAAAAACUUAGAAUUGAACGUGAACGAAUUGAAAAGGAAAAAUCAGAACUAUUACGUUUGGAGCGUGAAAAUCAACGUUUAGAACGAGAAAGAUUACAAAGAGAAAAAGAAGAGUUACGUAGAGCACAAGAAAAAUUAGAAGAAACAAAGCGUCAAGCAUUACUUAAGCGUGCUAUUCCCCCAUCUCCACCACUUCCUAGUAAAAGACAUUCUUCAUCUAAUUCAUCUCGAUAUGAAGAAAGAAAAGAACCAAUUCGUAAUUCUCGUAUUCAGCCUAGUACAGACUAUAUGAACCAAGCACCUCCACCUCCAAACAUAACAUCAUCUAGACAUCGCUAUGAACAGCAUUCGUCAGAUUCCCGUCGUAUGAGGCCAUCACCACCACCUCCGCCCCCACCUGCAUCAAGACCCAAAGACUCUACUGUGAACAUCAGAUAUGGUGGUGCCCCACCAGCAACAGAUCAUCAUUAUAGAAGCCGUGAUGAUCGGUCAGAUCGUAGAGAAGAAACUCGUAAAAAAGAUUCAAGUAGUGGAGGUAGUAACAGACAUGCUCAUGCAUCAUAUGAUUCAAACAAAAGUUCCUAUGGAAUGUCCCGCAACAGUGAAAGUAAUACUUGGUCAUCAGCCCCAGUAAAGAGUUCUUAUGGUUCACUUGGUUCAAGCUCUGGAACUAAUAAUAUGGUAAUGAGCUCAAGACCAGAUCCUUGGUCAAAUAGUAAUAAUAGUCGAGAAAUUGAAACAACCGUAUGGCAACGUCCUCCUCAACCACCUCCAGAAAACAGAUGGAACAGUACAUCAAGUAAUCCUUCUUCUAUGUCAUUAAGUGGACGUAGUUCGAGUAGUAACGCCUUGUAUGGAAAUAACCAUCAAGUUAUACCAAACAUUGGAUUAAACAUGUCAACAAACUACAGUGAUAGUAGAUUUGACAGUUAUAAAAUGAGUGGCAUGUCACGAAAAUAUUAGAAAAAUUCGAAUCAUCUAAUUGUUAGCAUUUAAUUAUAGCACAUUCCGUUGUUCUUGUGCUAUUUAUGCUAAUUGUGCAUGUAUUAUAAUUUUUAACAAUCGUUUUUAUACAUAUGAUAUUAUUGAUUUUAUUUGUAUUACUUCAAUUGAAUUUUUGAACUAAUAACUAUGCAUUUUUAAUAAACACGGUAGUUUGUAGA